CCCCCGCCCACCCGCAGCGUGUCACUGUCAAACUGCCGGUCUUACCUCAGGAGAUCGCUGCCUCACCAACUGAGAUAUGAUCACACAAUUGAUUUAGAUCGCGGCUGCACGGAGACAAACAUAGAGUCGAGUGAGGAGUGUAAUGGCCUGAGGGGGCUCCCCCCGGUCCCACCUGCCCCUGCCAGGUCAAAUCUGCCUAAACUGUCUGCUCAGUCACUGCAACCCACCACUGCGAUGGGAGACGGCCUGGAGGCGGGCAGCAGCCAGAACCCUCCCUCUGACCCACCACCUCUCCCCUUCAACCCUCCAGCCCCCGAAUCAUGGCAUCCCUCCAGACCCAAACGACAGACCAAUCAGCUACAGUACCUACUUAAAGUAGUGAUGAAGACGUUAUGGAAACACAACUUUGCAUGGCCCUUCCAUGCUCCAGUAGAUGCCAUCAAGCUCAAUUUGCCUGACUACUAUAAGAUCAUCAAGGUCCCCAUGGACAUGGGCACGAUAAAAAAACGUCUGGAGAACAAUUACUACUGGAAUGCCCAGGAGUGUAUCCAAGACUUCAACACAAUGUUCACAAACUGCUACAUCUACAACAAGCCCGGGGAUGAUAUCGUAUUAAUGGCGGAGUCCCUGGAAAAGUAUUUUCUCCAGAAGAUAUCUGAGAUGCCGCAGGAGGAGUCGGAGAUUCCCGUGGUUUCCAAGGCACGGCGCGGGGGCAGACGAGAUAGCGGUCUGAUCUCCAAGUCAGAUUCAGGCAAAGACUCGCCGACUCCCCCCACUACACCCCACACACGAGGCUUCUCACCCCCCUCAAACACCCAGCAGACGCAUGCCUCAUCCACCGCUCCAGGCCCUCCCGCCCUGCCUCUGGCUCUGCCUAUGACCCUGCCUCUGACGCUGCCUCUGGCCUUGCCUCUGGCCCUGCCGCUGGCCCAGCCUCAGCCUCAGCCCCCACGCGUGCCUCCUACACCCACCUCCCACGCACCCCAUUUGGGACCCCCGUACCCUCUCUCAACACCAGACGUCCUGGCCCAGAGCAUGACCUCUGUUCCUCCUCUGGCCCAAACACACCCAGGCAUCCAUCCCACCCCGUUGCUGCAGAGCUCCCCUGCUCUCAUCAAGCAACGGAAGAGCCAAAAGAGGAAAGCAGACACCACCACCCCCACCGCCAACGACCAACUCAGUGAAUCAUCUCCCGUCUCUGUUGACACUCGGCCGCGCCGAGAUAGCAAUCGCCCGUUGAAGCAGGCCAAAAAAGACCCGUUGCAGCCGGACUCUCAGCACCACCUGGGCGGAGGUUUGGAGACGGGAGGAACGUCAACGCCGAAGCGUCACGAACAGUUGCGUUCGUGCGCGCGCCUCGUCAGAGAGAUGCUGUCCAAGAAACACGUGUCGUACGCCUGGCCCUUCUACAAGCCUGUCGACGUAAAAGCUCUCGGUCUCCAUGACUACCAUGAAAUCAUCAAGCACCCCAUGGACCUCAGCACCAUCAAGAAAAAGCUGGACAACAGACAGUACAGAGACGCUCAAGAAUUCGCAGCAGACGUCAGGUUGAUGUUCUCGAACUGUUACAAGUAUAAUCCACCGGACCAUGACGUGGUUACCAUGGCGCGUAAAUUACAGGACGUGUUUGAGAUGCGUUUCGCCAAAAUGCCUGAUGAGCCAGAGGAGCCCGCCCCUGUUCCCACCCCGUCGUCGGCCCUCCACCCUGCCCCCUCCACUCGACAAGCCCCGCCUCCUUCCAUUGUCUCGGAUGAUGACAGCUCCAGCACCUCCGAAUCGGAGUCCUCGGCGGGAGACUCAGAACACGAAAGGCAACACCGAUUGGCUGAGUUACAGGAACAGCUAAAGGCUGUCCACGAGCAGCUGGCCGCACUCUCGCAGCCGCAGGUCAGCAAGCCCAAGAAGAAAGAGAGGGAAAAGAAGGAGAAGGAGAAGGAGAAGAAGAAAGAAAAGCACAAGAAGAAGAUGGGCGCAGAGGAACCUGUGGAGGCCCCUCCGUCUGUGAUGCUUCAGACUUCCAAGAAAAGCAAAAGCAGCAAAGAGCCAAUCAUCGUAAAGAAGGACAGGAAGAAGCCCGGUAAGAAAGAAGGGGUUAAAAGCAGUCGUCCAGCUGUGCCCCCUCAGACCGGGCCGACCCCUCUCGUCCCCUCGGCUUCUCUUGAAGCAGGAGAUGACAUCGAUGUGUUCGGGGCCGUGUCCACUGAAAGGUGCAAGCCGAUGUCGUACGAGGAGAAGAGGCAGCUGAGCCUGGACAUCAACAAGUUGCCCGGCGACAAACUGGGCCGCGUCGUGCACAUAAUCCAGACACGCGAGCCUUCGCUGAAGAACUCCAACCCGGACGAGAUCGAGAUCGACUUUGAGACGCUGAAGCCUUCCACGCUGAGGGAGCUGGAGAAAUACGUCUCCAGCUGCCUCAGGAAAAAGAAAAAGCCGUCAGUAGAGAAGCCUCUGGAAAUGACAAAUGUGACAAAGAUGAAGACGGGAUCUUCGUCUUCAGGCAGCAGUGACUCCUCUGAUAGUGAUGACUCUGAGAAUGGGCUGGUUCCCAAGCAGAAGAAGAUCUCGACUAACAAGGACACCAAGAGACCGCACCACCAGUCCCUCAGUAGCAUAGCUGGCCCAGUAGCUCCUCAGCUUCAACCUCCACUGCAGCCUCAAGUGGUCCAGUCCAAACCACCGUUUGUCCCUCCUCCUACUGUCCCAGUCGCCGCCCCUUCUCUGGACUCCUCCCAGCUGUUAGGCUCUGGAUUUGAUCCUCUGGCCCACUUCAUGAACCCUCACCUGACGCAGUCGAACACAGAGCCCAAUCCAACCAUUACUACUGCUGGUGCCCCCGUCGCCUCUGGCCUCCUCAAUGCAAACACACCCACUGGCCAGACUCCCACUGAGACGCACCCCUUCCUAAACCAACAUCCCAUCAUACCUUCACCAGCGCUCCACAAUGCUCUUCCCCAGCAACCGUCGAGACCUAUCAACCGUGCAGCGCCACUGCCUCCGAAAAUCCCACAGCCUCCCCCGUCCUCGCUCCCCACGCUGCCUCCAUCCACCUCGCCCCAGCUUCAGCCCUCGCUCCCUCUCACCCUCCCCCAGCCCGUCCCCCGCCCACGCGUACCUUCACCCCCGUCGCACGGCAUCCUGGGUACCCUCUCGGCUCAACCGCCCCAAGCCCUGCUGGAGGACGACGAAGAGCCGACGCCCACCAGCGCCGACACCCCGCCCCUCAGUCAGGUCCAAUCCUUCCUGCAGUCGCUCCAAGUCCGACCCCCCGUGCAGACCCAGCCGCUGCACACGCACUCUCCCCCCGUGCAGGGCGCUUCACAGCUGGUGGCGUCGAUGCACAACGCGCAGGCUGUGACGACACUCGCCCCCGCUCUGACGCAGAGGCACAGCACAGGCCACACGCACAUGCAGCAGCCGUUCCCGAACACACACACCUCAGCGUUGCAGCAACAGAAGGGGGUUGCCCUGCAGCAGAAGGUACAGCAGAUGCAACAUCAGCAGCAGCAGCCGUCGCCACGCAGCAAAGCAGAGCAUUUCUCAACAGGCUGCCUGCGUGAGAGCCCCUCUCCCCUGAUGAUGCAUUCUCCUCAGAUGCCUCAGUUCCAUACAAUGGGACAGCAGUCUCCCCCACAGAUCAAGAAACACGACCCACGGUCAAACUUGGUGGGGGUCAAAGAAGAGAAACCUUCCCAGUCGCCAGUGCUGCCCCCCUCCCCAUUCAGCCCUGCCAUGCGUCUGGACACACACAAACCUGACAACAAACACAGAUUAGAUCUGAAGCCAUUGGAUGGUUCUCGCCCUGGUCCCCGCCUCCCAGACUCCCCGGCGCCACCCUGCUCCCAGCAAGACAACAAAAUCAAGCAAGAGCCCAAAACUCCCAUCGCUCCCAAGAAGACACAGGAUGUGAAGUUAAAGAACAUGGGUUCUUGGGCUAGCCUGGCUCAGAGGUCUCAGUCCACACCGGCGUCUGCCGUUCGCUCCUCCAGCGACAGCUUCGAACAGUUCCGACGGGCCGCCAGAGAGAAGGAGGAGAGAGAGAGACAGCUGAAAGCUCAGGCUGAACAGGCCAGGAGAGAACAAGAAAAGCUACGUAGCCGUGACGACGACGACACCGUGGAGCAAGCUCGUCGGGCGCAAGAAGACGCCCGCCGUCGCCAGGAGCAACAGUCGCCGCUCGCUCCAACGCCUCUUGCUUCUACCCCGCCCACUCACUCACCGCAGGCGCCACCAAGCCAGCCGCAAGCCCCGCCCCCGUCCUCGUCGGCUGCACAGAACGCUCUCGACCAGCAGAGGGAGAUGGCGCGCCGCCGCGAGCAGGAGAGGCGCAGGAGAGAGGCGAUGGCCGACACCAUUGACAUAAACUUCCAGAGCGACCUGAUGGCUAUUUUUGAGGAGAACCUCUUCUGAGAGAGAAAAGGGAGGAUGAUGAUGGAGGGGGACGAGAGAAGGACCUGUACACACACACAAGCAAAUUU